GAGAACAACCUCUUACAGGAAGACAACCUCUCACAGUAACAUAAAUUGAUUCAGGAGAACAACCUCUUACAGGUCAAACACUUCUUACAUUAGAAACACCUCUUACAGGAAGACCACUUCUUACAUUAGAAACACUUCUUACAGUUGAACCACAUCUUACAGGUGAACCACCUCUUACAGGAAGACCACCUCUUACAGUUGAACCACAUCUUACAGGUGAAACACUUCUUACAUUAGAAACACCUCUUACAGGAAGACCACCUCUUACAUUAGAAACACCUCUUACAGUUGAACCACAUCUUACAGGUGAACCACCUCUUACAGGAAGACCACCUCUUACAGUUGAACCACAUCUUACAGGUCAAACACUUCUUACAUUAGAAACACCUCUUACAGGAAGACCACCUCUUACAGGAGAACAACCUCUUACAGGAAGACAACCUCUCACAGGAACAUAAAUUGAUUCAGGAGAACAACCUCUUACAGGUCAAACACUUCUUACAUUAGAAACACCUCUUACAGGAAGACCACCUCUUACAUUAGAAACACCUCUUACAGUUGAACCACAUCUUACAGGUGAACCACCUCUUACAGGAAGACCACCUCUUACAGUUGAACCACAUCUUACAGGUCAAACACUUCUUACAGUAGAAACACCUCUUACAGGAAGACCACCUCUUACAGGAGAACAACCUCUUACAGGAAGACAACCUCUCACAGUAACAUAAAUUGAUUCAGGAGAACAACCUCUUACAGGUCAAACACUUCUUACAUUAGAAACACCUCUUACAGGAAGACCACCUCUUACAUUAGAAACACCUCUUACAGUUGAACCACAUCUUACAGGUGAACCACCUCUUACAGGAAGACCACCUCUUACAGUUGAACCACAUCUUACAGGUGAAACACUUCUUACAUUAGAAACACCUCUUACAGGAAGACCACCUCUUACAUUAGAGACACCUCUUACAGUUGAACCACAUCUUACAGGUGAACCACCUCUUACAGGAGAACAACAUCUUACAGUAGAAACACCUCUUACAGGAAGACCACCUCUUACAGGAGAACAACCUCUUACAGGAAGACCACCUCUCACAGUAACAUAAAUUGAUUCAGGAGAACAAACUCUUACAGGUCAAACACUUCUUACAUUAGAAACACCUCUUACGGGAAGACCACCUCUUACAGGAGAACCACAUCUUACAGGAGAACCACUUCUUACAGGAGAACCAUCUCUUACAGUAGAAACACCUCUUACAGUUGAACCACAUCUUACAGGAGAACCAUCUCUUACAGUAGAAACAGCUCUAACAGGAAGACCACCUCUUACAGGAGAACAACCUCUUACAGGUGAACCACUUCUUACAGGAGAACCACUUCUUACAGUAGAAACACCUCUUACAGGAAGACCACCACUUUCUGAGUUAUCUGUACCUUAAUCUCUUACAGUAAGACCACCUGUUUCUGAGUUUUCUGAAACAAAAUCUCCUAUAGUAAUACAACCAAAUUCACAACCUACUUCUCCUUCUCAUCCAUUAAUUAACACUAAUGGUAUUAUUCAUUAUUUAAUUAUUAUUUAUUUUUUUUAAUUAAAAAAUAGAAUAAAUAUAAAACAACAUUGGCUUUGCAUUAGAACUUUUAGUCGAUAUGUUACAUGAUUAAUAAAAUAACCUUAAAGACCUUUAAGAAUAAUGGAAAUAAUUGAACUAAUCUUUAAAUGAUUAAAUAACCCAUACUGAAGAAUAAUAGAGCUAACAAAAAGCAGAAUGUCAAGAAAUUAUAAUUUUGUAAAUGAAAAUUAAUAAAUGA